AUGCAGGACUACGCAGAAUCAAUAGAUGUCAUCCUCGGCCAGCGAGAGGAACUCCGGGCAUUGGUCGUCGCCGGUGAGUGCUUCGAACGCCAAGCGCAGGCAGGCACAGGACGUUGGGUUGGGAAUUCAAAGCACUUCCUCGAAGAGGAGAGACCGAGCUAG